AUAUGUGCGUGUUCCCUUGUCUUUCCAGCUUGAAUUGAUCACUGAAGGCGACACCAAUACUGAUCGAAAUUUCAAAGCACGAGCCAUGGAGUCGCAAUCUGAAAGAAACAACCGAGAUAUUUCACUAUUCAAGUCAACAAAUAGGCUCACUGCUCCAUACCACAACCAACUUAGAGACAGAGAGAAGAGAGAUGGAGAUGAAAGAUGAACAGAGCCUUCAGCAAUUCAAAGGCCUAAGCAGACUGCCCAAAUUUGCAAUCCCCAAACGUUACGAUCUCGCUCUAAAACCUGACCUCUCGGCUUGCACGUUUUCGGGUACUGUUCGAAUCGAACUCUCCAUCGUCAGUCCCACUAAAUUUCUAGUCUUGAAUGCUCUGGAGCUCGACAUUGGGGAAGUGUCGUUCACUGAUUCUCAAAACCAAAAGUGUGGUCCAUCUGAUGUUGUGGAGGACGGUGAUGAUGAGAUGCUUGUGUUGGUCUUUGAUCAAGUGCUCAGUGUUGGGGAUGGAGUUUUGGGGAUUAGCUUCUCUGGGGUUCUUAAUGAGCACCUUAAGGGUUUCUACAGAGGAACUUAUAUAGAUGGGGAUGUGAAGAAGAACAUGGCUGUGACUCAGUUUGAAGCUGUGGAUGCAAGAAUGUGUUUUCCGUGCUGGGACGAGCCGGCUUUCAAGGCCACCUUCAAGAUAACAGUAGAUGUUCCAUCUGACUUGACAGCAUUGUCUAAUAUGCCAGUUAUCCAUGAAAAGCUUAAUGGGCACCUCAAGACUGUGUGUUUUGAGGAAUCACCAAUUAUGUCAACUUAUUUGGUCGCUAUUGUAAUCGGUUUAUUUGAUUAUAUUGAAGAUACCACUGCUGACGGGAUUAAGGUUCGUGCAUACUGUCCUGUUGGCAAGAGUGAUAAAGGAAAGUUUGCUUUGAGUGUUGCAGUGAAGACACUUGAUCUAUAUACGGAAUACUUUUCUAUGCAUUAUCCACUUCCUAAGCUGGAUAUGGUUGCUGUCCCUGAUUUUUCUGGUGGGGCUAUGGAGAAUUAUGGUUUAAUUAUUUAUCGUGAAAUAGAGCUGCUCCAUGAUGAUUUGCAUUCUGCAGCAGCUAGCAAGCAGAGGCUCGUAAUUGUUGUUGCACAUGAAGUCGCCCAUCAAUGGUUUGGCAACCUGGUAACGAUGGAAUGGUGGACUCAUUUAUGGCUCAACGAGGGUUUUGCAACAUGGAUAAGUUAUUUAGCAACAGACAGCUUAUUUCCUGAGUGGAAAGUUUGGACUCAAUUUCUUAAAGUAACUACUAGUGGUUUACAUAUGGAUGCACUGGAAAAUUCACAUCCUGUUGAGGUGGAGGUACACCGUGCCCGCUCAGUUUUAGAAAUAUUUGAUGCUAUAAGCUAUGAAAAGGGAUCUUCUGUUAUCCGAAUGUUACAGGAUUAUCUCGGUGAUGAUAUAUUCCAGAAAUCUUUAAGUUCAUACAUGAAGAAAUAUGCUUGCAAAAAUGCAAAGACAGACGACUUGUGGAAAGUUCUUUCAGAAGAAUCUGGCAUUCAAGUGAAUGCAAUGAUGGACACGUGGACAAAGCAACAGGGCUAUCCAGUAAUCAGUGUAAAAUUUAAAGAUGAUAUUUUGGAAUUUGAACAGUCACAAUUCCUGUCUUCUGGUAUGUCCGGUGAUGGUCUCUGGAUCGUUCCAAUAACCUUAUGUAUUGGUUCAUACGACAAGAGCAAGAAGUUCAUGCUAGAAAGAAAACUUGAUAGCCUGAAUUUAAUUGAACCAUGCCAUUUUUCUGAUGGCACUUCGAGCUCAUUUGAGAAGAAGGAUAAAGACAAAUUGGAUGAACAUUCAUGGGUCAAACUAAAUAUUGGGCAGACUGGUUUUUUUAGGGUGAAGUAUGAUGAGAAGCUAACAACUCGACUAAGGAAAGCUAUGGAGGACAAUUGCUUGUCAGCAGUUGAUAAAUUUGGCAUCUUGGAUGAUACAUAUGCUCUUUGCGAGGCAGGCGAAGUAUCAUUAACAUCUUUGCUCUCCUUGAUGGACGUAUACAGGAAGGAGCUUGAUGAUAUUGUGUUAUCAAGACUUGUUGAUAUAUGUUGUAGUAUUGCAAAGAUCUCAAGUGAUGCUAUUCCGCGUUCAGUGCAUCAUAUGAAACAAUUAUUCAUCAAUAUCCUCCUUCUCUGUGCUGAAAGAUUAGGUUGGGACCCAGUAUCUGGAGAGAAUCAUUUGAAUGCAUUGUUGAGGGAGGCAGUUUUAAUGGCCUUGGCCACUUUUGACCAUGAUAAAACUCAUGAAGAAGCAUUGAAGCGCUUUCAAACAUACUUAAGUGAUAGAAACACUUCGUGUCUUCCAGUUGAUUGCAGAAGGGCUGCUUACAUUGCAGUAAUGAGGCAUACUAGCACCAUCAAUAGGAAAGGGUUUGAAUCGCUACUAAAAUUAUAUAGAGAAGCUGAUGCGGUGCAUGAAAAGACCCAGAUUUUGCGCUCUAUGGGAUCGUGUCCAGACCCAGAGAUAGUUUUAGAGGUUCUAAAUUUUAUGCUGUCUGAUCAGGUUCGUGAACAAGAUGUAGUUUAUCUACUAGGAGGGCUAAGCUUAGAAGGCCGUGAAACAGCAUGGAGAUGGUUUAAGGAGAACUGGGACCUAAUCCUAAACAAAUAUGGUGCCGGGAUGCUACUCACCCGUUUUGUCAGAGACAUUAUCACACCAUUUUGCAGCCAUGAAAAGGCAGAUGAGAUAGAAGCAUUUUUCGCAAACCGUGUGACUCCUGCAAUUGCUAUGAACUUGACACAGAGCAUUGAGAAAGUCAGAAUCAAAGCAAGGUGGGUUGAAAACAUCGGGCAAGAAGAAUUUCUUGAGGAGCUGGUUGCAAAUUUAGCUUGCAGUGGAUGAUAGUUUCUCUUGAUAAUUGACGGUAUGGUGUUUACGUUUAGCAUUUUUAGUAAAGCUGUCACCAUAUGAGGAUUCUUGUAGUAAAAUUAUGGCUGUAGAGAAUCGCAUGUCAUAGUAGCAGUGACUGUAUUAUGUGCUGGCUCUGAUAUGCAUAAUCAGUUGUAUACCUAAGGUAUUGUUCCCACGUAUCUUCAAAACCUUCCAUAUUGUCAAGUAUAAUAUAUAGCUUUGAGAUUUGCAUGAUCAGAAGAGUAAGUAAUGAAUGAGCUUCAAUUAUUUCAUUUCCAA